UCAAACACGAGAAUCGUUCAUUCGUAGUUUCGCGCCAGUUUCCAUCAUCACGCGGAGUUCCGACAUGUUGGUUAUAGCAGCCGACGGCCGCAGCCAAUGGCAGCAGUGCGAGACGAGGACGACGUUUGUCGAGGGCGUCUCGUUUUAGUGCGGUUGUCAGUUCGCGGUUGCGACUUGGGUCGUGCGCUGGUAUAGGAGUGACGUUAUUCGUCGUACUCGAGAUGGCGACGAAUUGCUUUCUUUGUGAACAACGUUCCGAAGACGCUCAAGAGAAAUCGUCUAACGUAUUUGUUCAAGAUGAGGAUCGCUGGAAGAAGUGGUUGGAAGCGAUUAGCAAGGCUGAUGACGACGUGCUCGCUCACUUGUCAUUGUGCUUGCCACAUUUCUCGGAAGCUUGCUCCGCAGGCUUGAUUCUGACGAACAAUGUCAUUCCGAGUCUGAAACUGGUGCCAAGUUCCUCCAAUUCAAUCGCGAAAGCCGCAGAAAUCGACCGAUCAUCACCGCAAAGAAAACCAGAAACUGAACGAUCAUCCUCGCUCGAACGAUCACCUACGCUAUCAUCGAACAAAUCGAUCGUGAGAAGGGGGCGACGUGUUCACAUGUUGACGGAGGAUGAGAUGAAGGAAAUGCCGCCGAUCAAAUAUGUGCGCAACCUCAAGGAUGUCAACUGGGACGAGAUAUCAAAAGUGCCGGAAGAGGCGAAAAUCGUCUGGGAGGUGGCGAUGGAGGAACUGAAAGAGGACAACGAUACGAUAAAGCAUCUACAGGCGCACAUUCGUCAGCUUACUAUAACCGUUCAAAAGCUCAAGAAUGCGUUGAAAACACGACAGAGAAGAGCAAAUGCUCUGCGUUAAGUUUAUAAAUAUAAUUUAUGCGUUCGUAAGUGUAUCAGCAACUUUUUUUAGAUAAUUCUUACAUGUGUAAUUCUUAUAUGUUUUUUAAAUAAUUGUUAUAAA